AUGGCCGUAUUCCCCUCCCGCCCGCUGAACACCUCGCCGGUGCACCGCACGCUGCGGAAGCACCCCUCGCUCUUCGGCGUGCCUUUCAUCGCGCUCAUGGUCGGCGCGUCGUUCGCGCUGCAGCAGUUCACGCAGACGCGGUACGACCUCCAGGACCAGAAGGUGUCGCAGAUGUCGAAGGAGGAAGCACUGGGCUUGAAGAAGAAUAGGAAGAAGUUUGAUAUUAGGGAGGAGUAUUACAAAUUAAGCCAAGAGGUUGACGAUAACUGGGAUAUGAAGAGGAUACAGCGGCCAAAGGGCGUCCCUGAGUGGGGCGUACCACCCGAGGAGCCUGCUCGCUGAGGCGUAGCCUGCGAAGGUUGAUUUGGUAUCUUCGUUGCUUUACCCCUGCUUUACUGUACUUCUAAUGGAAUCUAUGAUGUAUCAAACGUACUUAUGGCUAACUUAUUGUUGACCUGGACUGUCAACUGGUCGCGAG